AUGGCGCGGCGAAGAAGCCCCAGUCGCUUCUCUCCGCCGCGAGGCUUCCAGGAUGCCUACAGCUCGGAGCCCGAGGCCGCGGGCGGCGAGGGCGGCCUGGGGCCCAAGACCCUGGUGCAAAUGUACCGCGACGAAGGCGGCGUGCUGCUGCCGCGCAACAACAAAAGCAGGGGCUCCUCGUCGCCCUACCACGGCAAGCCCGCCGCCGUCACUGCCACUGCUGCCGCCCACCCGCGCCGCCUCUCCGCCUGGCAGCAGCAGCACCUGGCCCCGGCGGGCGAAGGCUGCGCCACCCCGUGCACCACCUCGUGUACCACUCUUUACGGCGGGGACUUCCACGGCCAUCCCGAGCCCCCCAGCCGCUCCCCGCCGGGCCGCUGUACCCGCGUGGAGGAGCUGCUCCGCGACGACCAAUGGGCCAGCCCGGUGCCUCGGCCGCUGGAGUACGGCACGGACUUCCCCACCGACGCCAGCAAACCCCCCUCUGUCUGCCCCUCUUCUUUUUCCUUCUCCCAGUUGGACAACAAAGCCUCCCCCAAGUUUGAGAAGAAGGAGCUCAAAAGGAGGGAGUGGCAAGAGCCCUGCGACAGCAACCCCAGCUUAGCCGACCUGAUGCACUCGUUGAAGCAGUACGAGGAGGAAGAGCCGCAGGUUUAUCUCCCUGCUGAGCAGAGUGCCCACCACCGCAGUCACCACAAGCCCAGGAAGGGAGACACCCAGGUCAGCCUCCAGGAUCUGGUCGGCAAGAGAUAUGAGGAUUUGAUCCCGGAAAGGGACAAAAAGAUUGCAGCUCUGAUGCUGGCCCGGCAUCAGGAGGAGGAAGAGAGGAAGGACAGGCAGCUGCGGGUGUCUGAGGCUUGGGAGAAGAUGAGGAGGAAGGAGAAGAAACACAAAGCCAGGAUGGAGAAGGAGAAGCAGUACCAGCUGGCGGACAGUCUGGAUCAGUGGCAAAGGGACCGGGACCAAAGGAAAAGCAAGCUCAGGUUAGAGGAACAACAGCUGUUGGCAGCCAGGGAGAGGGAGAUGAUGCUGCGCGACAGGAAAUGGAAAAAGCUAGCCAAAGAGCAGGAGUGUAGACGGAGGGAGAAAGUAGAAAAUGCCAAACUUCAAGCUGAGUAUAGGAAACGUUGUCAGGAAAAGCAACUCUGGGACAAAAGGUUAAAUGAGAGGAGUGCUAGAGAGAACAGCUCUCAUCUAUACAAAGAGAAGAUGCUGCAGGCCCUGGAGAAGAGGCUGAUGAAGGAAAUGGAAAGGAAGAGGAGGAAGAUAGAUAUGAAUGAAUACAAGAGAGCUAGGCACAUGCAGAUGAAGGGCCAAGUGGAUGAGAGGCUCAAAGCUGAUGAGCUGUACAAGAGGCUCUGCAUUGAGCAAAAGCUUCAGAGGUCUCAAGAAAUCCUUGAGCAGCUGCUUGAAGAAAGGAACAGAGAAUUAAAAGAAAAGACUUUCAAGGAAGAAGAGCAAGGCGUGAUAGCCAAGGUUAGAGCAAAAGAGUCAGAGGAAGAGAAGAGAAGGCGUAAGGAGAUGUUGCUGCAGAUAGCAGAGAUGAAGAUCCAGCAGGCCAGAGAAAUCAUGUCCAAAAAUAUGCAAGACAGAGCACAACGUAUGAGAGAAAAUAACAUCGUGAAAGGAAGGAACCACCAUUGCCGCAAACAAAAGCUUGAUUAUGAUGAAAAAUGCCAUCUACGUGAAAUACAAGAAGCUUUAAGGAGGAAAGAUCAGAAGAGCAAUCGGAUUCUAAGGCACAAGGACGCAGCUAUUGAAGAAUCCAGGAGAAUAGCCAAAGCAUCUUAUGACCUGAGAGAAAAAGUGAGAGACCUGAUAAACCACAAUUCAUUCGAUCAAAUGGCUUUAGAUGCCCACCGUAACACAAGUCUCCUUAGAGGGCUCUAGUGAUGUUU